UGAUGUCGAGUUCGGACGAUGAGUUGUCAAAUUCAAUCAAAUUGUUGGCAGAAAAUCGGAGUACUUAAAAAAAACCAUCUGUUUUCGUAAAAUCUAUUUUGAUAUAUGAAAAGCGGGUUAUUUUGUUGCUUGUUUGUGUGUGAAAUAUUGUGUUUUUGCAGAAAUUGCAUAACCACAGCUUCUACUAUAUGCCCAGUGAGGAAAUAAUGUCGUAAUAUCCCGUCGAAAGAUACAAUUUGAAUCAAUAUGGACAAAGUAGAAGAACCAGAAACUGUGGCCAGCCCUCUGCCUGAGCCAGAGAUGCCAAUGGAAUCUGAGACUGAUUAUUCUAGUAUUAGGGGGAAAAUGAUUCUGGUCAGUCCAAGUACAGAAGAAUAUGAACUAUUGAAGAAACAACUUACUGAAAGACUAGAGUCAGGAAAUGGUGAAAUUAUUUAUGAUAUAGGACAUGGAGAAGAUGGUAAAGGUCUUACAGAAGAUGAAUACAAUGCAUCAGUUGCAACUCUACAGUCUCUUGUAAGUGAGAGGAUUUCUUGUGUAGAACUACGAAAGUGGGACUGUGGCACCGGCAUUGUUGGGCAGUAUCUUCUCAGAACUGAAUUGGAUCAUAAUGACUUUAUGGAGAUAAGGGUUGCAGUAGUUGGGAAUGUAGAUGCGGGCAAGUCUACAUUACUAGGUGUCCUGACGCAUGGGGAACUAGACAAUGGAAGAGGACAUGCAAGGCAACGGCUCUUCAGACAUAAGCAUGAAGCUGAAACUGGCAGGACCAGUUCUGUGGGGAAUGAUAUUCUUGGCUUUGACAGUAUGGGGAAUGUUGUCAACAAACCUGACCAUGGUACUCUUGACUGGGUGAAGAUCUGUGAGAAAUCAUCUAAAGUGAUCACAUUCAUUGACUUGGCCGGACAUGAGAGAUAUCUGAAGACAACUGUAUUCGGUAUGACCGGACAUGCACCAGAUUUUGGCAUGUUGAUGAUCGGGGCAAACGCAGGUAUUGUGGGAAUGACAAAGGAGCAUUUGGGACUUGCCCUUGCUCUGUCCGUACCAGUAUUUGUUGUCGUCACCAAGAUUGAUAUGUGUCCGCCGAAUGUACUACAGGACAAUCUGAAGCUAUUAAUUAGGAUACUGAAGUCUUCGGGCUGCCGCAAAGUACCAGUUAUGGUUAAGACGAAAGAUGACGUCAUCGUUAGUGCAACUAAUUUUGUGUCCCAACGUCUAUGUCCAAUAUUCCAAGUGUCUAACGUGACGGGUGAAAACUUGGAGCUACUGACGAUGUUCCUUAAUCUGCUGAAGACCAGGAUGCCUUCGCAAGAUGACAAACCGGCUGAGUUCCAGAUUGACGAUACAUACUCUGUUCCGGGUGUAGGAACAGUUGUAUCAGGAACAACUCUGGCGGGCGUUAUUCGUUUGAACGACACGUUACUUCUGGGCCCUGACCCGCUCGGCCGUUUCGUGCCAAUCACUGUUAAAAGUAUUCAUCGCAAACGAAUGAGUGUGCACGAAGUGCGAGGGGGACAGACUGCUAGCUUUGCACUUAAAAAGAUAAAACGAUCUGCGAUUCGCAAAGGUAUGGUGAUGGUAUCACCAGCGCUAAACCCUCAGGCUUGCUGGCAGUUCGAAGGAGAGAUUCUUGUUCUGCAUCAUCCCACCACCAUAUCAUCCAGAUACCAAGCCAUGGUACACUGCGGCAGUAUUCGUCAGACGGCGUCGAUUCUGUCCAUGUCUCGCGAUUGCCUUCGUACGGGAGAUAAGGCACGUGUUAGCUUCAGAUUCAUCAAGCACCCAGAGUAUUUGCGACGGGGACAGAGAAUGGUAUUCCGUGAAGGGCGUACCAAAGCUGUGGGCAAUGUUUUACGUCCUGAACCCCAUGCUCAGGCGACUGCCAGACAUCAUAGACAUGAGCAUAGGCAUCUCAACACGGUACAAGAAUCAGAUGAAUCUGGUGCAAAUUCUCCUUUACAACUGACAGGUGACAAGAGGCGACGUGGGCGCAAAAGGCAUGACAAACAUGGACCACAGACGCCAUCGGCAUCUGCCGUUGUUGCUAAUUAAUACAAAAAUUUGAAACCUAAUCUCAAGCCACUCUGGAACAAACCUGAAAACUGAAAUGUAACUGUUUCUUAAUAUUUUCAAUGUCGAAUACAUUUUAAAUUGGCUAGUUACUACAUAGGUUCUACUAUCUACUUAAAAUCAGAGAUAUUGCAUUGAUAUAUUAAUGUUUGAACUAUAUUAAGUUGAAAUAUUUUCUCCAAAUUAGUUAUGAAAAUGGCAAUAUAAAUGAAAGAAACAUUUUAUAUUAUUCUAUUAAAUACUUAAUGCAAUAGCUGUCCUUUUAACGGCCAGAUAAUGUUAAAAGAAAACUCAUUAAACUCAAUAAUUAAAUUUAUCCAUUAAAAUUGUACAUUGGUGUACUAGGUUAGUUUAAUCUUUAAACAUUAUUUUAUUUAAAUAAUUACGCCCAAAUUUCUGUACAAUCUUACAGUGUACAGAAAAUUAUACAAAUGUCAGGUCUGUAAGCUAAGCAUAACUUAAUACUUAUAUUUUUAUUCAAAUUUAUCUGACAUAUUCAUUACAUAACUAAGCACAAGUAUACAUUUUUCUCUAGUACCACUAUUUUAUAAAUAUCUAUCACAUAUUUUCAUAUUAGAAUUUAGAUUACUCUUUUUAUGAAUAAUCAAAAUGUUUGUAACAGUUGUAAUUUCGAAUUGAAUGAUAUAUUCAAUGUUACUAGGUUCAAGAAUACAAUAAAGUUGGCAACCAUUGCCAAACCGCCUAAAACUAAGAAGUACAAGGUACAGCUGUGUACUAUUGACUUUAUAUAGUAUGUAGCUAAUACAUAUUAUAGGGAACCAUCUAUUUUAUUCAUAGAUACUUAUCAAAAUUUUUUAUAUUCCUCAAUCUACAGAGAUUUAGACUUUUAUGGAAAAUUUGAGUUUUCUUGGUGCAAUUUAUGUUUUAAAAUUAGAGUACUAUUUUGUGUGGAGAUUGGCCUUUUAAAAUUAUAUUUACAUUAGGUAUUAAAACAUUUCGAAAUUUUGAGUAUGAUAGCUGUUUUAGGCUAACAGAAAAGAUAAUUAAAAAAAUUGAUUUUUGUAUUAACAUUUUAUUUGAAAAGUUCCAUGCCUAGUAAGUUGUGUCAAUAUUAGUAAUGCUAGCUGCAAUCCAUAUCAUAGAUGUAUUCAGUAUUUGUUUUGGUACCAUUGUAUUGUGAUUUCUUAGCAUAAGUGAUGAGGUAUUUUUAUUGAUUUGUUCAGAAUUUGAAAAUAAAACUAGCUCAAAUAAAA